GGCGGCGGCACGAGAUGCGCAGUAGGAGCCCGGCGGCGGCGAAGGAGCUCGCCACCAGGAAGAAGUAUUUGCUGGCCGCUGUGUUCCUCGUGCUGUCGCUCGUGAGCUUCGUGGUCCAGACGGAGGCUACCGCGUAUAUUCAGAGUCAUUUGGGAUGGAGGAAACCGUAUUUGAUGCUGUACUUCACGCACUGCUCGUUGUCGGUGCUGUGGCCGUUCCAAGUGCUGAUUUUGAAAGCUCGCAAGCCACAUAUACCAUGGGCGCCGUUUCUCAAAGCGCAUUUCCACAGCGUGCGUACAACAGCGCAAAUGAUCAUGGCGGGAACACCGCACCUAUCACCGUCGCAAGCCAAGCGUGAUCCGACGGUGUUCAUGCUCCGGCGCGUCGUCUUCAUCACCGCGGCGCUCACGGUCGGCGGCUCCACCUGGUACGUCGCAGUGAAUAUGACGACGCCGAGCGAUCUCACGGCGAUCUACAACUGCUCGGCGUUCUUCGCGUACGUGUUCAGCAUAUUCAUGCUGAAGGAGCGGAUGCGCGUCGACAAGAUCUCGUCGGUGGUGGUGGCGUGCGUGGGCGUGCUCAUUGUGGCGUAUGGAGACAGCGGCACCGCUGAGAAGGGACAGGAGGAGGCCGCGGCGAACAGGACCCUCGGCAAUCUGAUCAUAGGCGUCGGGAGCGUCAUGUAUGGGUUCUACGAAGUGCUGUACAAGAAGGUGGCGUGUCCGCCCGAGGGCGUGAGCUCCUCGCGCACCAUCGUCUUUGCAAACGCCGUGGGAACCGGGCUGGGCCUCACGACACUGGUUGUCCUCUGGAUCCCGAUCCCGUUCUUCCACGUUAUGGGCUGGGAGACGUUCGAGCUGCCGCACGGCCAAGCGGCUUUGCUAGUGGCCGUCUCGGUCUUUUCGAACGCGGUGUUCUCGGGCUCCUUUCUGGUCCUCAUCUCGCUCACCAGCCCCGUCCUGUCCAGCGUCGCAGCGCUGCUCACCAUCUUCCUGGUGGCGGUGGUGGACCAAAUGUUGCCCUCGGGGAAACCCCUCAGUGGCGCUGCGAUCGUUGGCGGAUUGACUAUCUGCGCCGCGUUCUUUCUGCUCGCGUGGAGUAUGUGGAGAGAGAUGGCAGAGGAUGCAAAUGCGGUUGCGAGAGGGAAGGAGGAUGAUGAGGAUUGGAGCGAGAGUGAGACGGAGAGGGAUGAGGCUUGAGGUUUGAGCUAUCUUUUACACUGUCGGGAAAUAUAUAUAGAGGUGGACGGGAUGGGACGGAAUGCGAUGCGUUAGGUUGGGAUGGGAUGGUGUUGGGAUUUGCUACUUAUUUAUUUAUUUUCGUUCUUUCUUUCUCUGUCGAUUACAUAUUUGGUUAUGGUGUGGUCUGGUCUGGAUUAUUGGCUUCUUAGGCCUGGGUCUGAGUUCGAGUUCGGUGAGAGUGUUUUGUUCGUUGAGAGUGUUUUGUUCAUUGUAAUUCGGGGUGUUCUUUUUUUUCUUCUUGUGUGUUUUGGGAAUCUUGGAAUUUGGGUCCUGAGUGGUUUAGAUGUGGAUGUGGGGAAACUCCUGGGUCUAUCUAAAGCGGUGGCAUACUAUGAUACUACGGGCCAGCAAUGGUUAUAUGAGCGUUCUGACACAUAUUUCGUCGUAAUGAAUAAUGGUGGUGG